GGUCACCCUUCGUACCUUCAAGCAGACGACGCGACCGAUCGCAGCACAAUGGGUCCCUGAUCGCCCGAGUGGCUGUCGGCGUUUGCGGUGGCGGUGUCGGUCAUGCACGAACGUUCGCCUCCGCUCAACCGUUUCCCCGACGAAACGAGAAGACCGCUCUCUCCAACGUCGGUAAACAUCGUCCGUCACCGGUUCACGAGGCUGUCAUGACUACUUUCGACGGGUACGGCUCAAGAGCGAGGAGAAAAACGCGAUCAACAGCGACCGUCUGUCUCGCUAAGCCUAACGGACUCCGUGUCGUCGUCGUCGUGCGGGAACGACGGCUCCUGCUUAUUGGCAGGGAUGUGACGACGACUGCGUCGCGGUACCAUUGAACCGGGCGGAUACAGGAAAUUGGAUCGUGAUGCCUCCGCUGGCGAGGGAUCACGCGGCGAGCUUGCUUGCGGCUGAAAUGAAGUCCGCGGCGGCGACGGCCAGCAGCGGGUGCGUCUGCUCCGUCAAGUGCGUCCUCGUCGGUGACGGUGCCGUGGGCAAGACGAGCCUGGUCGUGAGCUACACAACCAACGGGUAUCCGACGGAGUACGUGCCGACGGCCUUCGACAACUACUCUGUUGUGGUGACCGUCGACAACCAGCCGGUCAGACUGCAGCUCUGCGACACCGCCGGACAGGACGACUUCGACUCGCUGCGGCCCCUGUGCUACCCCAACACGGCGGUGUUCCUGCUCUGCUUCUCGGUGGUGUGCCCCACCUCGUUCUACAAUGCCUCGCAGAAGUGGCUGCCCGAGCUGAGGAGGCACUGCCCUGAAGCACCCUUCGUCCUGGUGGGCACGCAGUGCGACCUCCGCUCGGACGUCAAGGUGCUGAUCGAACUUGCACGCUAUGGGGAGCAGCCGGUGCCGGAGCAGAGCGCCAAGCAGGCAGCCCACCGGCACGGGGCCUUGGCCUACGUGGAAUGCUCAGCCCUCACCCAGAAGAAUCUCAAGGAGGUGUUCGACACGGCCAUCGUGGCAGCCCUCCGGUCCCACAACUCCGGCCUGGUGGGCAGUCGCCCCCAGACGUGUUCGGCACGGCCUUCUCCCGGCAGCAGUAGCAGCAGCAGCAUGGGGCUGCUGACCAAUGGGUUUGUGCCCUUUCCCCGAAGGAGGGCCUUCUCCCUCGACCGGAGGACCGCCAACAAAGGAAAGAAGACAGGGUGGAAGAAGCUGUGCUGCUUUGUCUGAGACUGGCUCUGUGGCUAGGACGUGACUGAAAAUGGCUACGGCCGUGACUCUGACUGUGGCUUGGAGACGGCUACGAUGACUUCCACAAUGUGUGUUUACGAACAGUAUGACGGCACUUGCCUUCACUACAAGAGCAGCUUCAAGUCGUGCUACGAGGAGAACUCAACAUUUUUGGCUGUGCCCACCUAGGACUCUGACUGCGGAGGUGACUAAAGACAUCAAAAGUGAAAAUCAGUUUAGCUGUAACUGGAUUAUGGAACUGGUCCUAGCUGGACGUCCAGCUAAAAAUGAGACAAUCUAGCUGGGUCCAGCUAAGAGCAGUUCUAGCUGCACAUAGACUGAUCUUCACCUGAGGUGUUUGAUUCAAAGGUCACGUCACAGUGUCUAUGGUCAGCUCAGUUGCUCAUCCCUGAAACUGUGUGAACUUUGACAGAUGCUUGAAAUUAGCUGAAGGGUUCCAAAUGGGCAGUCUUUAUUAAAGUGCAGCUGGGGGGAGUAGGAAACUAUUGUUGGAGGGAGGCGACAGGAGCCCAAUCACAUCUCCUAAAUGCGAGUGAUCUCCUUGUUAUUUGGACAGUGCGUCUGAGAGCGAACUGUGAUCAUAGGGAUGACUUGUGCGCUUCAAGAAGCUCAAUCCGUGCGGUCCCUCAUUCAUUUAGGAGGGUUGGCGAAUGACUGAUUUGAGUGAGUGAACUAGCCUAAAACAAUGCAUAUUCAUCGAUAAGGGAGUGUAAUCUUACGACACGAAAUAGUAGAUGUUUUUCGUGACAUUAAUUUGAAUGAUAAUCUGUAUUUUACACUUGGAUAGUUGGGCACUAUGGAGAGAAAUUACCUAGUAGUUAGGAAGAAACCUGGAUCAAAACCUAGCAGACGUCAAUGUACAAAACAGAGAAUUAGCUUCCAGAAAAGCUCAGCUGACAAAGGAGCUGCAGAAGACAAAUAUCCUUGCAGCUUAUGCCUGAAAAGGUCUGAUGAUGCACCUAGUUCCUAUCGUGCCUCGUCUUUCCCGUGAGCCCACAAACGUCUAUUAGCUACUUCAAGUGUAAAAUGCAACUUCAGGGAUGCACAUUACUCCACUGUAUACGUGAAUUCGCCAAAUAGACAAUGUGUACCGAGUGCCGUCGUCGUGAUCGUACCGAAUGCUGCGAGCUUGAGGCUCCAGCGAUUGCAAGGUGCACGCCUUCCCUCACAUUGGCACAGCGGCAGUGUCGAUAAUGGCUGCUGGUCGGGCAUUGGACGGUACCCUGCGGCCAUCAGAGGGAAUGAAGUGUGUCGGCGUGACGAACGUUACUUCUGACGAGGGAGUCUCUGGGGAUGUGUCGUGGUAGUGGUCCUCGUGAAAUGAUGUGACAAUGCAACGUUCCGUGCCGUGGUGUCGUGCUACGGAACGGUUAAACUGGACUGUUGUAUCCCCAGGGUGCAAAUCGGUCUGGCGUUUUUCUGUCUUCCACCAACCAAAGCUGUUGUGCCCUCUAGCACGCCUUGUACCAUCAUCUCCUGCGUGUUUUUGUUGUUAUUUUUCUUUGCACAGGCCUUUGUGCAAUGUCGGAAACAUGGUUUGCUGUGUAGGACCGUAGGGCUGACCCUCCGCUGCCAACGUUGGAAGACGUUGUGGGACGGUGCACAGUUUUGUUGCACGUGAAGUGUGUCUCGCAUGUUAGUGUGUCCUUCGCAACCCAGGUUGCUCGGUUUGUUGCAUGCUGAGCUCCGAACGUGACGUCUAAGCACUGCAGCUUCUCUUUGGAAGUUCUCUCCGUAAAAGUUGCAUCUUAGUUCACUAAAUUAUUUUAUGCUAUAACUCGAUUACAGACAUGGUACUAAGUGCCCGCAUGGUCAACUUUCUGGGACACUCCUUGGAAUAAAAAGGUUUUGAGGAAAGAUCAAAAUUCUAAUUGAUAUGUGUUUUAUGACACAUAGGCAAUUACAGUCCUCGGGAACUUUACAAUCUUUUUUCAAGAAAAGCGGAAAUUGACAAUUUUGUUUAUGCAACCUAUAAAAUACCGUGCAAAAAAAAAAAUGUUUUUUUUAGAUUUGUGGAACAAAAACUGUGUCCAAACAUUUAAUUACUGUUUAUUGAUAUUUUAUGAUUGUCAUCUCAAAUAUUCCCGGGGACCAUUGCAAUGUUCGUUGUUCAGUUGAAAUUCUCAUUUUAGUGCAUGUCGCAGAGAAGCGCCGAGAGAGUCCAAGAAAGUUAGGGAUGUCCAGGAAAGUUGGGGAUGUUCCUUUAAGAUUUACUCGUUUCAAUUGGGACACUGAACUGACGUACUCUGUGCUAUAUCAUAAUCUGAAUUACCGUUCAACCACCUUAGCCUUCGCUUGUGCACUCUUUUUUCUUUGUUUCUGGCACGUUAAGAGGGUGUGACGUUUCCUUGUUGUUGCUGUUGUUGUUAUCAUUAUUAUUGUGAUUAUUAUUAUUAUUAUUACGGUUGCAGUUAGUUUCUGCAGUGUCCCCCCGUCCCUUUUCCCCCGCCGCAGUGCGAAAGCACUUCCGCGCCGCCAAGAAAUCGAAAGACAUAUCAUUUGGUCCAUGUCGACUCUUGACUGAGUUUUUUGGAGCUUGCUUUUUCGAUUUUUCUUCUCUCCUUUUUGGGACGUGUGUAGCUGUCUAUAAACCAUAUCAAUAAUAGGCCCUUUCCAAAAUUCCACGCGCCACCUGGUGGCGGCUGCACCGAUUAUUCGGGUCCGCCAUUGUUUGGGCACGUGAUCUCGGCACGAAUUGGACACGAGGGCUACGUCAGCGCUCGGCAAGGACUCGGGUCCUAUCACGCGCUUCGUGCCCAUGGACGGAUAGACGUUAAUGGCUAUACACUUUGUAACGGGCGGUAGCUUGCGCCACCUAUCCUAAGUCUAAGCCCAAGUAAUGGCGACCGUCAGUGUUGCCUGGCGUGAUUUUUGAAAAGGGUCUAUCGAGGACAAAAGUGUCCCGCUCAAACCCAGUUGUCGUUGAUGUCGCCAUCAUAUCAUAGUAUCAUAUCAUAUAUACUAUGAUGGUAAACUAUCAUAGCAUAUGGAAGGUCGGUAUCGGUUAGCACGUGAUCAGCGGCUAUACCCUCUCGCCUCCCAGUUUGCGAACACAUAAAAACCCAAAAUGUGGCCACUUGUCGACGGAGCCUCGUAGUUUUGGGGGGCGCCGAGUCACGUGAGCAACUUGGGUUGACCGCCAGAUUCGUUUCGUGUACCAUAAGCCGAAGUUUCUGUCCGAAUGUCUCGUAGUUCCCGAACGGGUGUGCAUCUAUUGACAAGUGACGUGGUGUUACCAGCGUGUGACUUUCUAACUGUAAAUAAAAUCUUAGUUUAACAGUA